AGUGCCUGGACCAGGGACAGGAGGAGGGACACAAGGGGGGGGGUGCAGGAAGGAGGGGCCCCAUCCGGGCAGGGGCGGAGCAGAACUGCCCAGAGAUUGGCAGGAGACCAGAUCCCAUGGAAGCGGCGAGCUGCAGCUACCAGUUUCGGAUCGCGCUGCUGGGGGACGCUGCGGUGGGCAAGACGUCGCUGCUGCGGCGCUAUGUGGCGGGCGCACCCCGGGCCGAGGAGCCUGAGCUGGAGCAGGAGCCCACGGUGGGCGUGGAGUUCUACAGCCGUGCGCUGCAGCUGCCCGGGUUGCGGGUCAAGCUGCAGCUCUGGGACACAGCGGGUCAGGAGCGCUUCAGGUCCAUCACCAGAUCCUUCUACCGGAACAUGGUGGGCGUCCUGUUGGUCUUUGAUGUGACAAACAGAGACUCCUUUGAACACAUCCAAGAUUGGCACCAGGAGGUCAUAUCCACUCAGGAUCCUGACAAGGUGAUCUUCUUACUGGUUGGUCACAAGAGUGAUCUGAGCACCCGCUGUGUCUCCACCCAGGAAGCAAAGGAGCUGGCAGCCUCUUUGGGCAUGGCCUUCAUGGAGACCUCAGCCAAAAACAACUCCAAUGUGGACCUGGCCUUUGACACCAUCACUACUGCCAUCCAGCAGGCCUUGCAACAAGGGAACAUCAAGCUGGAAGAGGGCUGGGGGGGUGUCCGGCUCCUCCACAGAACCCCAAACCCCAGGUCCUCCAGCAGGAAACAGCACUCGGGUCCAUGCCAGUGUUGAAUCUGGGAGAGAAAGAGUUAAAGUAGUGCAACCUCAGGCUUCCCACAGAGGCAAGGAGAGGUAGUAUUUGACAAAUGCCAGAAGGUUAAAAUCAACAUCAAGGGUCUCUUGGCAUGGUGAGACCUCCUAAAUCUUAGGGUUUUUUUUGUUUGUUUGUUUUUGUUUUUGUUUUGUUUUUGUCUGUCUGUGUGCUGGCAAUUA